AUGUAUACACCGAAAUGUCAGGACGUCCUGAAGGAUCCAGUCUCUACCAGCUGUGGACACUGGUUCUGCAGACAGUGCAUCUCCUCAUACUGGGACCAGUCUGCUUCAUUGGGAGACUGCUCCUGUCCCCAGUGUGGAGAAAGAUCCAGAAGCAGAGCUAGACUGCAGACAGCCAGUCAGAGCAGCUGUGUACAAAAUGUUGGUCUGCAGGAGGUUUUAGAUGAACAUAAGAUCAGUCUGAGGAGGAGAUGUGAACGUGUGACUGAAGGAAGUGAUGAAACAGGAAGUAGAACCCUCCUGAACAGGAUCUACACUGAGCUCUACAUCACAGAGGGACAGAGUGAAGAGGUUCAUACCCAACAUGAGGUGAGGCAGCUGGAGACAGCUUCCAAGAUGGACGCCCUCCAUGACGCUCCAAUCAGGUGCCAGGACAUCUUUAAAGCCUUACCUGACCAACAGAGACCCAUCAGAGUGGUUCUGACCAACGGCGUGGCUGGUGUUGGAAAAACCUUCUCAGUGCAGAAGUUCACUCUGGACUGGGCAGAGGGCUUGGAGAACCAACAUGUCAGUGUGGUGGUUCUGCUUUCAUUCAGGGAGCUGAACCUGAUCAGAGAUGAGCAGUACAGUCUUCUGGAGCUGCUCCAUGUUUUCCAUCCAACAUUACAGAAGGUCACAGCAGAGAAGCUGGCUGUCUCUCAGCUUUUGUUCAUCUUUGACGGCCUGGAUGAAAGCAGACUUUCAUUGGAUUUCACCAACAGGAAGCUGCUGUCUGAUGUCACACAGAAGUCAUCAGUCAGCCAGCUGCUGACAAACCUCAUCCAGGGGAAUCUGCUUCCCUCGGCUCUCGUCUGGAUAACUUCCCGACCUGCAGCAGCCAAUCAGAUCCCUCCUACAUGUGUCAACAGGCUAACAGAAGUACGAGGCUUCACUGAUGCCCAGAAGGAGGAGUACUUCAGGAGGAGAUUCAGUGAUGAAGAGCAGUCCAGCAGAAUCAUCUCCCACAUGAAGACAUCCAGGAGCCUCCACAUCAUGUGUAGUAUCCCAGUCUUCUGCUGGAUCACUGCUACAGUUCUGGAGCACAUGUUGACUACAGAGCAGAGAGGAGAGCUGCCCAAGACCCUGACUGACAUGUACUCACACUUCCUGCUGGUUCAGACAAAGAGGAAGAACAUCAAGUUCCAUGAGGGACAUGAGACGAGUCCACAGGAGCUGAUGGAGGCUGACAGUGAAGUUCUUCUGAAGCUGGGGAGGCUGGCGUUUGAACAUCUGGAGAAAGGAAACAUCAUGUUCUACCAAGAAGACCUGGAGCAGUGUGGUCUGGAUGUGACAGAGGCCUCGGUGUACUCAGGAGUUUGUACAGAGAUCUUCAAAACAGAGUGUGUGAUCUUCCAGAAACCAGUCUACUGCUUUGUUCAUCUGAGCAUUCAGGAGUUUCUGGCUGCUGUCUACAUGUUCCACUGUCACAACAACAGGAAGAGAAAGGUGCUGAAGGACUUCUUUGGGAAAAAAUAUAAAGAGUCAUCGUUGGAUGAUUUUCUGAAGCAAGUCAUGAGAAAAUCCCUCCAGAGUAAAAAUGGCCACCUGGACCUGUUUGUUCGCUUCCUUCAUGGCCUCUGUCUGGAAUCCAACCAGAGACUCUUAGGAGGUCUGCUGGGUCAGACAGAGAUCAGUCCAGGAACCAUCCAGAGAGUCAUCAACAACCUGAAGAAGAUGAACAGUGAUGAAAUCUCUCCUGACAGAAGCAUCAACAUCUUCCACUGUCUGAUGGAGAUGAAGCACCUCUCAUUAUUUGAGGGGAUCCAAGAGUUCCUGAAGUCAGAUAAGGAACUCUCUAUGAUCCAGUGCUCAGCUCUGGCCUUCAUGCUGCAGAUGUCAGAGGAGGUUCUGGAUGAGUUGGACCUGCAGAAGUACCAAACAUCAGAGCGGGGACGACAGAGACUGAUUCCAGCUGUGAGGAACUGCAGAAAGGCUCUACUGAUUAACUGUGGACUCUCAGAGACUCACUGUGAAGUUGUGGCCUCAGCUCUGAAGUCCAACCCCUCCCAUCUGACAGAGCUGGACAUGAGUGAGAACAAGCUGGAUGAUUCAUCAGUGAAUCUUCUGUGUGCUGGACUGGAGAGUCCAAACUGUCGACUGGAGACUCUGAGAUUGUACCGCUGUGGUUUGUCAGAGAUCAGCUGUGAUUAUCUGGCAGCAGCACUGAAGUCCAACCCCUCCCAUCUGAGAGAGCUGGAGCUGAGCAGAAACAACAAGCUGCAUGAUUCAGGAGUGAAGCAUCUGUGUGGUUUCCUGGAGAGUCCAGGAUGUAAACUUGAAACUCUGAGAUUGAGGGGCUGUGGUUUGUCAGAGAUCAGCUGUGAUUAUCUGGCAGCAGCACUGAAGUCCAACCCCUCCCAUCUGAGAGAGCUGGACUUGACCUACAACAACCAGCAGGAUUCAGGAGUGAAGCAGCUGUGUGGCUUUCUUGCGAGUCCAGAAUGUGCACUUGAAACUCUGAGAUUGAAGGACUGUGGUUUGUCAAAGAUCAGCUGUGAUUAUCUGGCAGCAGCGCUGAAGUCCAACCCCUCCCAUCUGAGAAAGCUGGACCUGAGUGGAAACUACCUGAAGGAUCCAGAUGUGAAGCAGCUGUGUGAUCUUCAGCAGAGUCCAGAUUACAGACUGGAGAGUCUGCUACUGAGUGGCUGUAACCUCUCAGAGAGAAGCUGUGAUGCUCUGUCCUCAGUCCUCAACUCCCAGUCCUCUAGUCUGAAAGAGCUGGACCUGAGUAACAAUGACCUGCAGGAUUCAGGAGUGAAGUUUCUGUCUGCUGUACUGCAGAGUCCACAUUGUACACUGGAAACUCUCAGUCUGUCAGGCUGUCUGAUCACAGAGGAAGGCUGUACUUCUCUGGCCUCAGCUCUGAGCUCCAACCCCUCCCAUCUGAGAGAGCUGGACCUGAGCUACAAUCAUCCAGGUGACUCAGGAAUGAAGCUGCUGUCGGCUGGACUUGAGGAUCCAGGCUGGAGACUGGACACUCUCAGGGUGGAGCCUGCUGGAGUCCGAUGGUUGAGACCAGGUCUGAGGAAGUAUUCCUGUCAACUCACAAUCGACACAAACACAGUGAACACAAACCUCCAACUGUCUGACAACAACAGGAAGGUGACACAUGUGGAGGAGGUUCAGUCAUAUCCUGAUCAUCCAGACAGAUUUGAUGUUUGGCCUCAGCUGCUGUGUAGGAAUGGUCUGACUGGUCGCUGUUACUGGGAGGUCGAGUGGAGAGGAAACGUUGAUAUAUCAGUGAGUUACAGAAGCAUCAGAAGACGAAGAAACAGUAAAGACUUGGUGAUUGAGUUUAAUUAUCAGUCCUGGAGUCUGAGGUGCUCUGAUGAUGGUCCUCAGUUUGUCUAUCACAAUAACAAUGAAACAUCCAUCUUUUCCUCCUUCUCCUCCUCCUCCUCCUCCUCCUCUGUCUCUAACAGAGCAGCAGUGUAUGUGGACUGUCCUGCUGGCACUCUGUCCUUCUACAGAGUCUCCUCUGACACUCUGAUCCACCUCCACACCUUCAACACCACAUUCACUCAAACUCUUUAUCCUGGGUUUUGGCUCUGGUCUCCUGGUGCCUCAGUGUCCCUGUGCUGA